AUGUGUAGACAUAAAGAGAUAACCGUGUUUUCCUUUGUGUGUGUGUGUGUGUGUUUUGCUGUUCUAGCUGACAACCAUGUCAACAACAUCUGCAGCACUUGGGGCACGCAGCACUUUAAGACCUUUGAUGGUGAUGUGUUCCAGUUUCCUGGCUCGUGUGAGUACAACCUGGUCAAAGACUGCCGCACGUCCGAGAAUAAGUUUUCUGUGCACAUUAGACGAGAAGAAAAUGAUGGAAACAUUACAAUAAGUUAUGUUGUGGUCACCAUCUCUGAAAAUACAUUCAACCUAACCAAAACUGAGGUAGCUGAAAAUGGGGAUCCAGUCACUCUGCCUCACUACAGUGGGGGAGUAAAGGUGGAAGAAAGUACAUUUUACAUCAGGCUUCGAGCGACCAAAGUCGGCAUUAUAGUCAUGUGGAACCUUGAAGAUGCAGUCAUGGUGGAAGUUUCAAACAGAUACAAGAACCAAACUUGUGGCCUUUGUGGAGAUUUCAACGCCGUUCCUGUCUAUGAUGAGUUCAUGGAUAAUGGUUUUAAAAUGACCCCCAUUGAGUUUGGAAUCAAACACAGAGUCCAUCUGCCAAACGAUGAAUGCAAAGACCCUCAUGUAGAAGAUGAUGAAUCAAAGACGAAUGUGUCAGAUUCAUGCAAAGCAUUUCAAACCUUCUGUGAACAAAUAUUUCACGAAGACUCCUGGAGUUCAUGCGCCGGCCUGAUUAGUGCUGAAUCUUUCAUCCAGGCCUGUGUGGUAGACAUGUGUGCCUGUAACAAAGAUACCAGUGACUUGUGUGUCUGCAGCACAAUGUCUGAGUUUUCUCGUCAGUGUUCGCAUGCAGGAGGACAACCACCCAACUGGAGGAGACCUGAUUUCUGUGGUAAACAGUGUCCCUACAACAUGAGGUAUGAAGAAAGUGCUUUUCCUUGCAUGGAUACUUGCACACAUCAGGACACCAGAUUAGUGUGUGAGGAACACAAAACAGACGGCUGCUUUUGUCCUCCUGGAACGGUGUUUGAUGAUAUUUCUGAGAGGGGCUGCAUCCCUCGGUCUGAGUGUCAGUGCAGGCAUGACAUAAUCUACGAAUCCGGAGAUGUUUACCGCCAUGAAAAAACAAACUGUACUUGUUCAGAGGGGAAGUGGGAGUGUGAGACUUUCGAGAGACCGGCUACCUGUGCAGUUGAGGAAGGUUCACAUUUCACAACUUUUGAUGGUACAACCUUUACCUUUCAUGGAAAUUGUAUUUAUACCCUGGCCAAGGUGGAGAGCAAGGAUGGAGUAAGUCCAAACUUUACUAUUCGGGCCCAUUUAGACCAGUGUGCACAAAAAAGGGCUGAUAUUUGUCUAAAGGCUCUUAAAAUCCAUCUGGGCACAGAUAAUGUAUUAAUGUUUACAUCUGAGGGAAAAGUGCAGCAGAAUAUGGAGGACAUCAGUUUGCCAUAUUACUCAGGGGACAUCAGAAUAUUUCAUGCUUCAUCCUUUCAUAUCUUGCUCAACGCCAAGUUUGGCCUCCAAAUUCAGAUCCAGCGAGUUCCUGUUAUGCAAGUCUACAUCAGUCUGGAAAGCAGCUACAAAGAAAAGACAAGUGCAUGUUCCUCAGGUUUAUGUGGAAACUAUAACAUGGCUUUGAAUGAUGAUCUGAAGACUCCUCAAGGUUGCCAAGAAGGAACUGCAGUAACUUUUGGUAAUUCUUGGAAGGCCGACCAAACAUGCCCAGACGCAGGCAAAGAACUUGAUAGACCCUGUACCGUCAGUAUGGAAACUGAGAAUUAUGCCAAACACUGGUGCGAAAUGCUCAGAAAUUCAAAUGGUUCAUUUGCAAAUUGCCAUUCAGAGGUGAAUCCUGACUAUUACUACAAGGUACAACAACAACCUCUUCUUUCAGAUUUUAAUUCGAUUUUAUUGGACCUUAAUUUUCUUAAAGUGUUCUUUUCUCUGCAGCGCUGCCUUUACUCCACCUGCAGCUGUGAGAAAAGCGAGGACUGCUUAUGUGCUGUCUUCACCUCUUAUGGUCGAGCUUGUGCAGCAAAGGGAAAGUUUGUGACAGAUUUUGGAGACCAAUGUGAGAAACACACAAAGAGCUGUCCAUCAACUCAGAUCUUCACGUACAAUCACCGGAGAUGCCAGCUGACUUGUAGUUCACUGAGCUCAGAUCAGCGGAGCUGUACUUCACAUUUCUUGCCUGUGGUUGGCUGUUUCUGCCCUGAUGGUCUCUAUCUGAAUGAAAACGAUGCUUGUGUACCCAAAGAAGAAUGUUCCUGUUUCCAUAAAGGAGAAUACAUUGAGGCAGGAAAGUCUCUCAACAUUGAUACUGAGCACUGUGUUUGCGACAAUGGAAUGCUUCACUGCCAUCCCCGGAAAAACCAGUCCUUCGCAUGUCCUGCUUCAAAAGUGUACUUCAACUGCUCCUCUACAAGCGCCAAGACCCUUGGACCACAAUGUGCUAGAAGUUGCAUGAAUCUGAUUGACAAUGUUUGCGAUGCAUCAGAUUGUGUCUCCGGCUGCAUGUGUCCUCCUGACCAGCUGGAUGAUGGCAAAGGCUCCUGUGUGAAAAAUGAAAGUGAAUGUCCAUGCCAGCACAAUGGUAAAUUCUAUAAACCUGAAGGGACAUUUCAUCAAGAUUGCAACCUCUGUACUUGCAGAGGCGGAAAGUGGAUAUGCACAAUGAACAAUUGUUCACAGAGCUGCAUUAUUUAUGGAAGUGGACAUCACAGAACAUUUGACAUGCAACAAUAUGAGUUUCAAGGACAUUGUUCUUAUGUUGCUAUCAAGAACAAUUGUUUUAAUAAAACAGCAGAGAGUGACAUUGAAGUCAUCACAGAAGAUGAACCAUGUGGAUCCACAGGCACAACAUGUUCCAAAACUGUCAGGAUUCAGCUUGGGAGAAAUGUGAUCACCCUCUCAGAUGGAACAUAUAAAAAGGAAGUUUUAGAAAAUGGCACAAAAAUAGGAUAUCGAAUAAUAAAUCGGGGCUUUUAUAUUGUGCUAGCUUCUGAUAUUGGCCUAACUGUAAUUUGGGAUCGCAAAACAUAUUUUGUUAUCCAGCUGGAAUCACAAUUCAUGGGUGAAGUGUGUGGCCUGUGCGGAAACUUUGAUGGUAACGGAGAGAACGACUUCACCACCCGGAGUGGGUUGGUAGUGAGCAGCCCACUAGAGUUUGCAAACAGCUGGAAAGGGGACAGCUCUUGCUCAGAUGUGGAUAAACUUGUUGACGCUUGUGAAGAAGCACCUCAUCGAGACCACUGGGCAAAAAUGAAGUGCAACAUCAUAAAUGGAGACACAUUCAAAGAAUGCCACUCCAAGGUAGAGCCUCGUCUGUUUUAUGAAAACUGUGUGAAAGACACAUGUGCCUGUGACACUGGAGGGGACUGUGAGUGUUUCUGUUCAGCUGUUGCAGCUUACGCUCAAGCUUGCAAUGAAGCUGAUGUUUUGAUUUCAUGGAGAAGUCCAGAAAUCUGUCCUGUCUUUUGUGAUUACUACAAUCAUGAUGAUUGCUUAUGGCACUACCAUCCUGGGACUCCAGAGACAUACCAGACCUGUUCAAAUUAUUUUCUACAUGUUCCAAAGCUUGAAGGUUGUUACCCUCGUUGCCCAGAACAUGCUCGAGUUUUUGAUGACGAAUCAAAAAAAUGUACGUCAACAUGUCGACAGGAGAAAUUAACUACAACUCCAGCCACUCCAACAUCAACUAAAUCUAUCACUACAACAAACACUGCUACCACCACAGAAUCAACAACAGAAUUUACAACUAAAACUGAAACACCAACUACAACCCCAACAACCACAUCAACUGAGUCUACAACUGUAACAUAUCCUACUACAACCACAACUCCCAUCACAGAAUCCACAACACCAACACAAUCUACUACUACAACUGAAACACCAACUACCAGUAUAGAAUCCACAACACCCUCAACUAAAUCUACAAGCAAAACACCCGCUACUACCACAACCUUUACAACAGCUUCCGAAUCAACAACCGUGGAAAUUACUACAACUGAAUCAGCCCUAACCCGUUCUACAGGUUGUCCUAAAUGGAAUAAAAUGCAAAAUGAGACCUUUUAUUUUUGCAACUGCACCAUGGCCAAAUGUAUUGGAAGUAAUACUCUUCAAAUAGUGCCCUAUGAAUGUCCACCCAUCAAAAACAUAACUUGUUCCAAUGGAAGAAGUCCUGUUCUGGUAUAUGAUGAAUAUCAAUGCUGCCAACAUUAUCAAUGUGACUGUGAGUGCAAAGGGUGGGGAGAUCAUCAUUACAGCACAUUUGAUGGACUAUCCUACAAAUACCAUGGAAACUGUUCCUAUUAUUUGAUGAAAGAAAUUGCAACAAGGGAUGACUUGGAAAUUUACAUUGAUAACAUGCAUUGUGAUCCUUUGGAAGAUCCUUCAUGUCCUCAGUCUUUAAAUGUAAACUAUGGAGCAGAACAUAUCAAACUGUCCUAUUUUAUUCUCAAUGGACAACCAGAUUUGAAGGCAUUUACAAAUGACGUGAGUCAAAAGCUCCCUUAUUGGAAACAAGGUGUUAAAGUGAUGAGCACUGGCACUAAUUUAGUUUUAGAGAUCCUUCGUCUAAAUGUGGUUGUUAAAUUUGGAAGAACUGGAUUUAGUAUCAACCUUCCAUACAAGUACUUUGGAGGAAACACACAGGGUCAUUGUGGAACUUGCACCAACAGUCAAGCUGAUGACUGCUGGCUGCCUGGAGGAACAGUAUCAGAAGGUUGCACUAAAAUUGCUGAUGGCUGGCUUCUAGAGAAAGAUAAAGGCUGCAAGCCUGGAGGAGAACCGCCUUCAAAACCUCCAUGCAGUGCAAGUUCUGUAUGUGAACUCCUUAAGAGCAGCGUCUUUGCUGAAUGCCAUUCCCGGAUCUCUCCAGAUAAUUACUACAAAGGAUGUGUUUCUGAUAGCUGCCUUGUUCACAACGGAGCGAAUGCAGUGGAAUGCUCAAGUUUAGCGAGUUAUGCUGCUGCCUGCUCUGACGUUGGAGUUUGUAUUCACUGGAGGAACCACACUGAUCUAUGUGCCAGUGACUGCCCAUCAGGCAAAAUUUAUAAACCUUGUGGACCUGCAUAUCAACCAACUUGUGAGGAUAGUCCUAGUGAUCCAGGUAUGGACUUCACUACAGAGGGCUGCUUUUGUCCUGCAGGGAUGAAACUGUUCAGCAGAGAAUCAAAAAUAUGUGUUAAAAAUUGUGGCUGUCUUGAUCCUAAUGGGAUGCCCCGUGAGUUCAAUGAGACAUUUGAAUACCAAUGUCAGAACUGUGUGUGUGAUGAGUCCACCAAAACUGUGAUCUGCAAGCCUAAGAAGUGCCCACACAGAACUUUACCAAGAUGCAUGGGUCCAGAUUAUGUCCUUGUCAAUAAAACUGAUCCAUCAAAUCCCUGCUGCGUUGUCCACGUUUGCCAAUGUCAGAUCCACACUUGUCCGGACAUCAACAUGAACUGUGAUGUUGGAUUCAAGCCAAACAUCAGUGUUCCAGAGGGAAAAUGCUGUCCAGAACUUAGAUGUGUACCUAAAAGAGUCUGUGUGCUAAAUGAUGUUGAAUACUGGCCUGGUUCUUCAGCUCCUGGCCAGAAAUGUGAGAACUGCUUCUGUUCCUCAAACUCUUCAUCUGGUGGUCUGAUGGAAAUAAAGUGUGAGAAGCAGCAGUGUGAAGAAACAUGCAGAAAGGGAUUCAAAUAUGUAAAAACCAACUCAGAUGAUUGCUGUGGGACGUGUGUGCAGACACACUGUGUGUUCAGUGUUAAUGGCACUGAGACACUCUUAAAGGAAGGAGAAACCUGGUCACCACCAGAAAAUAAGUGUGAAAGUAAGACUUGUGUUAAGAAUGGUGAGACUUUUACAGUCACCAACAAACACAUCAUUUGCCCAGCAUUCCAAGAGAGCAACUGCGAGAAUGACACAAUUCAGACUGCAGCAAAUGGUUGCUGCAAAAUCUGUGUGGAAAAAGAGAAGGCCUGCAGACUGGUUAACCAGAUCACUCCUAUCAACCACAAUGGCUGUCAGUCUGAGUUGAAUAUGCCGUCAUGUGAAGGAUCAUGCGACACUUUCACCAAGUACUCUGAAGCAGCAGCUGCUAUGGAGCAUUCCUGCUCCUGCUGUAAGGAGAGACGCACCAGCAACCGCACUGUUACCCUGGCGUGUGAAGCUGGUGCGGACGUCCAGUUCACUUAUGUGCAUGUGGAGGAGUGCGGCUGUGGUCACACAGAGUGCACCACACCUGCUGCACUGCAUGUUCGCAGAAAGCGACGCUUCACACUGCAGUGACACAAUCCUCUGUCCUCACAUGUGAGAUAAUCAUUUAAUUAAUCACUAAAUCUCUAAUAAGGUGCAACAUGCUUUAUGGAGUUCAUAUAUCAGUUGAUUGAA